AUGCAGCGCGGGGCGUUGAGAGGUUUAUAUAGAAUGACAGUGUUUGCCAAACUCACGUUCAUCAUUCAUUCUCUUCCUCUCUGUCUCUCUGUAGAGCCGCAGUUGAUUUUGGAAGCGAUGUCGCACCGGAAGUUCGAGCACCCGAGGCACGGUUCCCUUGGAUUUCUCCCAAGGAAGCGAGCUUCUCGUCAUCGUGGAAAGGUGAAGGCUUUCCCAAAAGACAAUCCUAGUCAACCAUGCAGGUUGACUGCCUUUGUGGGUUAUAAGUCUGGAAUGACCCACAUUGUUAGAGAGGUUGAGAAACCUGGAUCAAAACUUCAUAAGAAAGAGACAUGUGAAGCUGUCACUAUCAUUGAAACACCUCCAUUGGUUGUUGUUGGAGUGGUGGGAUAUGUAAAGACACCUCGUGGCUUUCGUACACUCAAUACUAUUUGGGCUCAGCAUCUAAGUGAAGAAGUCAAGAGACGAUUUUACAAGAACUGGUGCAAAUCCAAAAAGAAGGCUUUUACCAAAUAUACAAAAAAAUAUGAAACUGAUGAAGGAAAGGAAAAUAUUAAAUGUCAACUUGAGAAAUUGAAGAAGUAUUCAACUGUCAUUCGUGUUCUCGCUCAUACUCAGAUAAGGAAGUUGAAAGGUCUGAAACAGAAGAAAGCACAUUUGAUGGAGAUCCAAGUUAAUGGUGGAACAGUAGAACAGAAGGUGGACUACGCAUAUAGCUUCUUUGAAAAGCAAAUCCCAGUGGAUGCUGUUUUCCAAAAAGAUGAGAUGAUUGACAUCAUUGGUGUGACAAAGGGUAAGGGUUAUGAAGGUGUUGUAACUCGUUGGGGUGUUACUCGACUCCCUCGCAAGACUCACAGAGGUCUAAGGAAGGUUGCUUGUAUUGGUGCCUGGCAUCCUGCUCGUGUUUCUUUCACUGUUGCCAGGGCUGGUCAGAAUGGUUAUCAUCAUCGAACGGAGUUGAAUAAAAAGAUCUACAAAGUUGCGAAGACCGGUCAAGAGUCACAUACUGCCAUCACCGAAUUUGACAGGACUGAGAAGGAUAUUACUCCUAUGGGUGGAUUCCCACAUUAUGGAGUGGUGAAGGAUGAUUACAUUAUGGUGAAGGGAUGCUGUGUUGGGCCCAAGAAGAGGGUUCUCACUCUUCGUCAGUCACUUCUCAAGCAGACAUCUCGAGUGGCUCUUGAAGAGAUCAAACUGAAGUUCAUUGACACCUCAUCCAAGUUUGGACAUGGCCGCUUCCAGACCACUCAGGAGAAACAAAAGUUUUAUGGUCGAUUGAAGGCAUAA